UUCUGAAAAUCAAUAGGGGAAGUAUUUGGAAAUGGAUGACGUUUAUAAAGAACUGGAUGAACUUAAAACUGCAAUGGAGAAGAUCAGGGAAGACUACAGGAUCAAAACAGACCUGUCUGAGAGCUUGAGGAGAGCCCACAAUGAGCAACUCAUCAAAUUACAUGAAGCAAAAUCUGAGAUAGAGAAGCAGGCCCAAGAAUUAAAUGCAAAAGCAGAUGAAAUAUCUCUUGCAAGGCAAAUGUAUGAUAAUCUCAAAUCCUCUUGGAGCGAAAAGGAGUCAGUACUUUUGCAUCUGAGAUCGGCAAAUGAUAAACUUCGAGCUAAUUCUGCAGAAACGGUGCAUAAGUUGGAAGGAGAGAACAGAGAACUAUUAUCUGCUUUAGAUGAAGCAAACAUGAAAAGCAAAGAUCAAGAGGAAAAGAUCCUUGUGUACAAGCAGGAGAUUGAAUGUCUAAAGGGACUCUUGUCUGUUUCACAAAAGAAGCAUCAUGAAGCAGAACAAAAAGCCCAAGUGUCUAAAGAACUGAGACAGAGAGAUGAUCUGUUACAGGACCUAGAGGAGAAAAGAAGGAAAAUUGAAGAACAGCUCAAGUGGAAGAAAGAACAGUUUCAACAUCUUGAAGAAGCUCAUGGGAAGCUUCAAGAUCAGUAUGGGGUGAGUAAAAGGGAGUGGGAACAAGAGAAAUUUAUGCUGCUUGAUGAGAUUUCCUCAUUGCAGACAAGCUUGGAUUCUCAGACUAGAAUCUCACAAGACCUUCAGUCCCGAUUACAGAUGUGCAAUCAAGCUCUAGCUCAUGAAGAAAGCCGGAGAAAGUUUCUGGAAGUUCAAUUGUCUGAGUCAAAAACAUGCUAUGAGAAUGUUUUAAUGGAACAUCAAGACGCAAAAUCAAAAAUUGAAGGCUUGGCAAUUCAAAGGGAUGAAGAAGUUGCAGCCCUGAGAAAUGCAUUAGGCAAGAAAGAGACUCUCUUCAAAGAAAUGGAAUUCAAAAAAAGUCAUCUUGAGCAAGAUAAUCAGGAGUUGCGAAGAUGUCUCAAAGAACUGCAGGAAGAUCAGAUUUAUAAAGCAGGAGCUGUCUCUUCACAAACAAGGCUACGAAACAAACUUAAAAGUUUGGAGCACGUGCACAAAGAGUGUUCCAAAAAUCUCAAAACCAGGGAGUCCAAAUGGAAUUCCCAAAUGGACAAAAUGACCAAAGAGAUGAAUGAUAUUAGAACUGAAUUAAAUUCUAAGAAUGCACAGAUACAGGAGCUCCACGUGGAACUAGAAGGUUGCUAUUCUUCAAUGUUGCAGUUAACGUUGCACAAUGAAGAAAUUUCAGUGAUGCUUAUCUUGUUACAGUCAAGUAUUUCGGAGGCUUCUACAAAGCUUGCAAAUGUGAAAGUUGAAAUGGGACUGCAAGAAAAAAAUACUAUAGAACAGAUUGCCCAUCUGACAGAGCAGUUGGAGAAGAACAACAUGUUGGUUGAAGCCCAUGCCGUGAUUGAAAAAGAAUGUAAGAAAGCAGCAUCAUUAGUGAUGAAAAUUGAGCCCUUGGAUCUUAUUGAGCAGCAGAACUUAGUUAUGCAGAACGAGCUUCAGAGGUGCAAAGAAAUGUUGGAGGAAUCAUCUGGCUGCCAGCUUCGCUUGAAAGAAGAAGCUUUGCAGAUGCAAAAUGCUCUAAAAGAGGAACUGAGAAAAGUUUCUGAAGCUUUGGACCAAAUGAAUUCCGAAUUGGCAGAAAAAAUCCAUGAAAGCUGUGAAAUUGAGUUUGAAAUGGAGAGGUGGAAAGCUGUUGCUGAACGCCUGAAAAGUUGUGUUGAUGAAAACCAGGAAAUCCGCAGAGAAAUGGAAGCUUCCCUUCUUGCACAAGCAGAAAUUGAGCAAACCCUCAAGCUGGAAAAAGAGAGCCUUCUCCGAAUUGUAGAAGAGAAGGACAAAAAGAUAGAUGCUCUUGAUCAACAAAUUGUUUUACUCAGACAACAAUUUGUGAUAAAAGAAGCAGAAACUUCCACUCUGGCAAGAAUGGAGACAGAGAAAGCCUUCAAGCAGGAGAAAGAGAACUUUCUUCGAGUUGCAGAAGAAAAGGAAAAGAGCAUAGGCAAUCUGCAGAAAGAGAUUGCUUGGCUGGAGCAAGAGUUCAUGGGAAGAGAACUGGAAGGCACAAUUCUUGCUCGCAUAGAAGCAGAGAAAACCUUUGAGGAAGAGAAAGAUAGGCUUCUCCGUGCUACAGAAGAGAAAGAGAAGAGCAUAAAAAAUCUCCAACAACUGAUUAUGUCAAUGAAAAAUGAUUCUGAUAGGUCAGUUGAGGCCUCUAUUCUUUCAGGACUUGCAGAGAAACAGGCUGAGGUUGACAUACUUCGCAAAGCUUGGGAGAAGAUCACUGCUGCAAAGCUUCUAGCUGAAGUAGAGAUUCAAGAGAAGAAUUUGCUGAUUGUCGAACUGGAUGGGAAAAUUAGCAACUUAAUGCAGAAACUGGAAUCACAAGAGAAAUAUUUGUUUACUUCAAAGCAAAUUAUAGAACAGCUUGAAGCUGCAUUGCAAGAAAAACAGUCAGAAACAGAGACACUCAUGGGUCAACUCUUCAAGCUCAAAACUUCAGAGGGCCUAAUAGAAGAGCUCGAGUCUGAGAAAAGAAUUUUUGUUUCUGACAUCAUGACAUUGUCAUCCGAGAAAGAAGAAUUGAAGGCUCUCAUCGAGGUGCUUUGGGACCGGAUCAAUCAGUUCUCCAGUGAAGAUGCAGAAUUAUUGGGAAGGUUGGGAAUGAUAGUACAGAGUUUUGACCAAGAGAAUGAGGCAGGGAUGGAUUUGCCUCUGGAUGAUGAGAUCUAUGACCCAAGCCAAGAGAAUUUUGAUGCCCCUCUUGCAUCCACAGAAAAAAGAGUUGAAGUGAGCACUGCUGGAAGGUCGCCAUUGAAAGAGUUGAACAACUAGUUGGUGGAAUUAGAACAGAGAGCAUACUCUUAUUUAUGUAUUACGAGCGAAGUUCUAACUUUUCAGCAUGCUUUGGACGGGGGAUAUGUGAGAGAAAGCAUGGCAUUUUCAUUUUUUAGCUUGUACAAUAUACAUCCCUGCUGUAUAAUCAAGUUAUUCAGGCAGGGACACAAUUAUUCAUUUAUGGUUUGUAAUGCUCCAGAGAAAUUACCCCCCAAAAAAAGUACAGUAUUUUCAUUUGUUCUUAGCUUGUAUAUUUUACAUCCUGCGUGUAUCAUCAAAUUAUUUCAGGCAGGGACACUUAAAACAAUUCAUUUCUGAGU